GCAGAACAGUGCCGACGAUAAUUCCUGUUCAUGCUAUGUUCUGUGUAACUUUUGGGAUCUGUCAAGAGACGACUGUUUCAAUGCGCUAUUUACAUAUCAGGGAAAAGCGAAUUUCAAUUAGUUUACACGGAGAGAUUCGCCCACGCCAGACUUCUGAUUGCUUCUUUGUAUAAAAAAUAUUGCACGUAUUCCUGCCAGUCACCUUGAGAAACCGGACCCACGACAUGCGACAAGCCAUUCAAGGAAACGCAUCGCGCCGUAAUAAUCGUAUAUAAAAGUCUUCAUUAGGGAUUCGAGUCAAUCAAUCGCAGAUUGUCAUCACGAGCGUACAGCUUGUUCAUUGGUAACUUUGCUAUUCUUUACAUAUUGAAGAGAAGAGGUAUUCCACAUAAUAGGAAACCCGCUGUGCAGUUAUUUAUCCUCGGCAAUUCGGACACACUAUUUGUGUUGGGGAACUCAAUCGAUAUAUUUCGUAUACGAACAAAGCUCGCAGUAGACACAACGUAAGAUAUCUCAUUGCAGAGAUGGAAGAAGAAUUCAUGCUGAUGGGAAAUGAAUUUUGUGGACUAAGUGAGUCGAACGAAUCCACUGACGGUAGCCUGGAUGGUAGCGACGGAGAUUUUGAUAUGCUUGCGGCAUUCAAAGGUACGGAAUUGGACGACCUCUUUAACGCUUGCUCUGGAUUCGGAAUUCGUUCAGAGAUAUUCGAUCAGAACCAGUGCAUGUACGCCAGGGAGGCUUACGCCCCGGAAUGCAAACCUAAAACUCGUUCGAGCAACAAAGCGGUCGCAAAGAACGAACCAGGGUACUUAACGGAACGCAUUCACUGGAAUUACCGACAGAAACGGGUGAAUUACGAUCCUAGGCCGAUCUCAAAGCGCUCGCGAAAGCGUUCAAUUCCGGAUGAAAUGAAAGACGAUGCGUACUGGAAGAAACGCUGUCAGAAUACAGAACGGGCGAGAAAGAGCCGUGAGGCAAGGCGUUUGAAGGAAAUUGAAGUAUUACAAAAAGUAAAAACAUUAGAAGACGAGAAGUUAGAACUUCAACAACAGGUAGACAGCCUGAAAAGUCAAGUCCAGCUCCUUAACGAGCGGCUUUUAAAACACGAACAACAAGCAAGUUUUAUUUAAUUACGAGAGCGAUUUAUAGAGUAUACAGAUCAGUCCGCAUCACCGUUUUGUAUGCCUUGUAUUUUGUACAUAUUCGCAUAAUUUUGCAUGUAAUUACUGUAUAUGAUAUUUAGUUAGCCAAUGACAUGGCAAAUUGUGCAUUUCCGACAGGUGUAUAGGUCCGCCAACAAAGCACUCGGAGAAGUAAAUAAAAAUUUAUAAUCUGUCCAGCUACACUUUGUUCACGUCUAAAUGUUUAGAAUAAGCAUACUGGGGUGUUACGUGACCCUGGUGUGGUGCGCCUACGCGUGCCUGGCUGUCUGACUCUAUUCAGAUGUUUUAACCUCGUCCUGAUUAUAAACCU